UUUUGUUUUUCUCUCUGCAAAAGGUCUGCAAAUGCACCAUAAACGCAACUAGAGAGAGAAAGACAAACACAGAACUUGGUAAAGCUCGAACAAGCUUCCACCAUUUGCGUUUCCGAAUCUUUAUUGUUAUUUCAGGAAAUUUUCAAGGAUUGUUAAAUUUUUUGCUUUGCAAAGUCUGAGGAUUCAUUGAAAAUUGAAGGGGUUAUAGGCCCCAAACAGCACAGCGAGUGAAUUUAUUGAACACAAUGAUGAUGGAUGAUGAUAUGGAGAAUGGUGGCUUGGGACCAUUCCAAGAUCAGCCAAGAACGUUUCCUAACAUGCGGAGUAAACCUUAUGUUCCUUUGGUUUUUCGAGUCCUUAUGGGAAUAAAUGUCCGUGUUCUUUUUGUCCUCUGUCUAUUGGGAUUAGCGGUGAUCUUUUACAUCGGAGCAAGUACCUCUCGCAUUAUUGUGUUUGUCUUCUCAAUUUGCAUAAUCACCUUCGUCUUUUCAGUGUAUCUUAGUAAGUGGGUACUUGCAAAGGAUGAGGGACCUCCUGAGAUGGCUCAGAUAUCAGAUGCAAUACGAGAUGGUGCUGAAGGUUUCUUCAGGACCCAGUAUGGGACUAUCUCUAAAAUGGCAUGUUUGCUUGCUCUGGUGAUCUUUAGCAUUUAUUUGUUUCGGAGUACAACCCCUCAGCAAGAAUCUUCUGGCAUUGGAAGGGCAACGUCUGCAUAUAUUACUGUUGCUGCAUUCCUUCUGGGGGCAUUGUGUUCAGGUGUUGCAGGGUAUGUUGGGAUGUGGGUGUCAGUACGUGCAAAUGUUCGUGUUUCCAGUGCUGCAAGACGGUCUGCAAGAGAGGCAUUGCAGGUUGCAGUUCGUGCUGGCGGUUUCUCUGCCAUUGUGGUUGUUGGUAUGGCUGUAAUUGGUAUAGCCAUUCUUUAUUCCACAUUUUAUGUUUGGUUGGGGGUGGAUUCGCCAGGUUCAAUGAAGGUUACUGAUUUGCCUCUUCUUCUUGUGGGAUAUGGUUUUGGAGCAUCAUUUGUUGCUCUCUUCGCUCAGUUGGGUGGCGGAAUAUACACAAAAGCAGCUGAUGUUGGGGCAGACCUUGUUGGAAAAGUGGAGCAGGGAAUACCAGAAGAUGAUCCUCAAAAUCCUGCUGUCAUUGCGGAUUUGUUGCAGGUAUAUCACAAUGAAUUCUUCAAUUCUUGCUGCAAUUUUUCUACUUUCUCUCCUGAGUUUCGCUGUUGAAAGUCGAAAACUCGACCACAAAGAUAAUGAAUCUAGCACCGAUGGCACCCGAUGGGCGGUUCUGAUCGCUGGAUCAAAUGGUUACGAAAGCUAUAGACAUCAGGCUGAUGUUUGCCAUGCAUAUCAAAUUCUGAAGAGUGGAGGAUUAAAGGAUGAAAAUAUAAUAGUUUUUAUGUAUGAUGAUAUUGCUUUUGCCAAAGAGAAUCCAACCCCUGGAAUUAUAAUCAAUAAACCAAAUGGCACU